GUUUUAGGUUUCUGCUCCCCACCAUUCGCCAGCCACCCCCUACCGUCCCUCCUGUCCCCCCCACCCAUGGCCAGGAAGGUCGCGCAGCGCAGGCCGGCGGCGCCUCCCGCGCCGCCCGCGGCGAAGAAGGUGGUCAAGGUCCCCUCGAGGACGGCCAAGAGGGCGGCUCCGAAGAAGCAGAAGCUUCCCGAGCCCUCCUCCGACGACGACUCCGAGGCGGAGCAGCAGCCGCUCCACGAGGAGGAGGAGGAGGAGGAUUCAGACGUCGAGGCCCCCUCCGGCUCCGACGCCGAGGAGCUCUCUGGCUCGGACGCCGGUAGCAGCGAGGAGGAGGAGGACGACGACGACGACGAAGAAGAAGAGGACGACGACCCCCUCGCCGGAGACUUCCUUGCCGGCAGUGAUGACGACAGUGACGAGGGGGGCGACUCUGGAGAGGAAUCAGAUGGGUCUGAUGACCUCGAGGCAAAGUCAGCAGCUCUUGAUCGACAGAAGGAGCAGGCUGAAGAAGAUGCAGCUGCGGACCUUGCACUCAACAUAAGAUCAGAAUCUGAUGAAUUCCGGUUGCCCACCAAGGAGGAGUUGGAAGAAGAGGCACUUGGACCACCUAACCUGCCAAAUCUUAAAAGGAGGAUCUCAGAAAUUGUACGGGUACUCUCAAACUUUAGCAAGCUGAGGCAAGAAAAUGUUGCCAGAAAAGAUUAUGUCGAUCAGUUCAAGACGGACGUGAUGGCGUACUAUGGAUACAAUGAAUUUCUCAUUGAAGCAUUUGUUGAGAUGUUCCCAGCUGUUGAGGUUGUUGAGCUACUUGAAUCAUUUGAAAAAAGACCCCCUGAGUGCUUGCGUACAAAUACACUAAAGACCCGUAGGAGGGAUCUUGCUGCUGCUCUUAUUCCUAGAGGGUUUAAUCUGGAUCCGAUUGGAAAAUGGUCAAAGGUAGGAUUAGUUGUGUACGACUCCACUGUUUCGUCUGGCGCCACUGUUGAAUAUAUGGCAGGACAUUACAUGAAACAAGGCGCGAGUUCCUUUUUGCCAGUGAUGGCUCUUGCUCCACAGGAGAAGGAGCGAAUAGUUGAUAUGGCAGCUGCCCCAGGUGGCAAGACCACAUACAUUGGAGCUCUGAUGAAAAAUACUGGAAUAAUCUAUGCAAAUGAGCUUAACGAGAAAAGGUUGCAUGGACUGUUGGGCAACAUACAUCGCCUGGGUGUGACAAAUACCAUAGUUUGUAAUUAUGACGGUAAAGAGCUCCCCAAAGUACUUGGAAUGAACUCAGUUGACAGAGUACUGUUGGAUGCGCCCUGCACAGGCACCGGAGUUAGUAUAAUCCAAUUCAUAUUAUUCUUCUGUACUUAUUUUAAAUCGUCUUGGCUAUUUCAUCUGAUAGUCAAUCUCACUCUGUUUCUGCAGACCGUUUGGAAGGAUGCACAAAUAAAAACAUCUAAGGACAUCGAUGACAUCAGGAAUUGUGCUUUCGUACAAAAGCAAUUGCUUCUGGCUGCUAUUGAUUUGGUUGACGCCAACUCCAAAACUGGUGGUUACAUUGUUUACUCUACUUGUUCGAUGAUGAUUCCAGAAAAUGAAGCAGUCAUCGACUAUGCCCUUAAAAAGAGAGAUGUAAAGGUUGUUCCUUGUGGAUUAGAUUUUGGACGCCCAGGAUUCAUCCGGUUCCGGGAGCAUCGCUUCCAUACGUCUUUAGACAAAACAAGGAGGUUUUAUCCUCAUGUCAACAACAUGGAUGGCUUCUUCGUAGCCAAGCUGAAGAAGAUGAGCAACACAAUUCCAGCCUCGUCCGAGUCAUCUAAAGAGCCCGAAGAAGCAGCGGAGGGCGUUGUUGAUCCAAACCAUGAUGAGGAAGAUGAGAAAGAUGUUCCCGAUGGGCAAUCCACUAAGUCGAAGAAUCAUAAACAGGGAAAGAAGAAAAAUGAACAAGCAAGCAUCCCUGAAGGGGAGGGGGACCAGAGCCAGGCACCUGAAAGACCAGCAAAGCACCUCAAGAGCAACAAAGGCGUGAAGAAAAGUAGUGGCCCUAAAAGUGCUGAAAUGAACGGAGAUAAGAAAGAAACACACGAUGAACAAACAGAGCAUGUCAAGACUCAGAAGGGUUCCAAGAAAAGUAAAGGCCCUAAAAAUGCUGGAAUGGAUGUAGAUGAGAAAGAAACACCCAGUGAGCAAACAGAGGAGGUCAAAAGCCACAAGGGUGUGAAGAGAAGUAAUGGACCUAAAAGUGCUGGAAUAAAUGGAGAGAAGAAAGAUGUGGCCGAGGAACAAACAGACCAGACCAGCCACAAAAAGAAGCAUGUGUCUGAUAAAAUUAAGAAGUCUGGUUCCAAGAGCACCUCAGGGACCAAAGAGAAGAAACCGGUGUCCAAGGAAGGAAGCAAGAAGAGGAAAAGGAAAUGGCAAUUCAAGCUGAGGCGGGACUGGGAGGCAAAACAGAAGUCUGAGAAGAGGACGAAGGUUUGAAAAUUGGUGGUUCAAGAGAGCCACAUUAAUUAGCCUUAGAAGAGGAGAUUUAAAGUGAAACAUUGAUGUGCUAUGUAUGAAGAAAUGUAAAAGGAACGACUGUACACUCAAUUUUGGUCUACGAUACAAGUUUGUGGUGAAGCGAAAUUUUGUUGUACGCUGGAUGUGAUUGUGUAAUCUAAUCACUGACAUUUUAUUUUCUGUGUUUAGAGAUUUUGACCAGUCUAUUCUAGUUUUUCUCA